UGGAAUCUACGUUAUGGGCUUAAAACUAGCUUUUUGGGGGCCACAUAAAAUAUCUUCAGAAUGCAUUUAAAAUCCCAAGACAUAUUUUUCAAUGACAAAGAGGAAAUUUUUAAGUGCAGUUACAAUCGUGUUUAUCAACAAAAUUUCUGUGCUUAAAACUUCUGUGGAUGUACAACUCUCCUUAAAGUGAAGAGCAUAGUAAUAGUGCAGGAAAUUCUCAAAACAAAAACUUCUGGCUAACAUGUUAAAAAUAUUCCAAGUGCUUUUCUUUACAUCAGACUUUUGCUUUUGUCAACAUAAUAGCAUUUGCAAUUUAACUGGCAUUGCUUGGCUGGCCUUAUAAUAAGAUCAAAAGCAUGAGUGCUGUUGAAGUCUUUUUAACUUAGUUGUUAGUAAAUUUUGCAAGAUUUAAGCAUGUUGCACUUUGGAUUCAGGCAAGUCUUUAUGGAACUGGAAUAGUAAUAGAUUGAAAAAGACGCCUGCUUAUACCAAAUUUUAUUUUUGAGAGGUGUAAGUGAUAGACGGGGCCCUAUUUCUUUUAGCUUUGAAGGGUCCAUCCUUUUUCCUAUUUAGUCAUCUGGAAGGAGCUGCCUCAGAAAUAUUCUUCUUCUGCUUACAUGAAGAGCUCUAAAUGCUACCCAGCAGGAGGUGCUACAGCAAGAAAAAGCAAAUCUGAAUUUUGAGGGUCUUGCCACUUAUUACAGCUCUACUUAGCUUCAGCUGAGCAACAGGAUUAACACCUUAAAGUUCCAGAAAGAUUUUGAGGGCUAGAGAGCUGAAGGAGAGCCAGUUUCCCCAAAAUUGGACUUCUCAGAACCUUUAAUAUGCUAAUGUGCAUUGUGAAUCUCCAAGAGGGGGAUAUGAUAUGCAGCAUUCUUGAAUACUUCUAAUGACAGGGAGCCCACUACCUCAUAAGCUGCAGUGAGAAGAGGAGUUUGUUAUUUUAAACAGAGGCUGAAGGAACUAUAGAAUUCGCAGAUAUAAGAGAAAGUGGAGAAGGUAGAGGAUGGAGUUGCAGACUCUACAGGAGGCUCUUAAAGUGGAAAUUCAGGUUCACCAGAAACUUGUUGCACAAAUGAAACAAGAUCCACAGAUAUUUUUUCUUUCCAAUCAGAAUGCUGAUUUAAAGAAACAGCUUCAUGAACUCCAAGCCAAAAUCACAGCUUUGAGUGAGAAACAGAAAAGAGUGGUUGAACAGCUACGGAAGAACCUGAUAGUAAAACAGGAACAACCUGACAAGUUUCAAAUACAGCCAUUGCCACAAUCUGAAAACAAACUACAAACAGCACAGCAGCAACCACUACAGCAACUACAGCAACAGCAGCAGUACCACCACCACCAUGCACCACAGUCGGCUGCACCCUCUCCCAACUUAACCGCUUCACAGAAGACUGUAACUACAGCUUCUAUGAUUACCACAAAGACACUACCUCUCGUCUUGAAAGCAGCAACUGCGACCAUGCCUGCCUCUGUUGUGGGCCAGAGACCUACCAUUGCUAUGGUGACCGCCAUCAACAGUCAGAAGGCUGUGCUUAACACUGACGUGCAGAACACACCAGUCAACCUCCAGACAUCUAAUAAGGUCACUGGGCCUGGGGCAGAGGCUGUCCAAAUUGUGGCAAAAAACACAGUCACUCUGGUUCAGGCAACACCUCCUCAGCCCAUCAAAGUUCCACAGUUUAUCCCCCCUCCCAGACUCACUCCACGUCCAAACUUUCUUCCACAGGUUCGACCCAAGCCUGUGGCACAGAAUAACAUUCCUAUUGCCCCAGCACCUCCUCCCAUGCUUGCAGCUCCUCAACUUAUCCAGAGACCUGUCAUGCUGACCAAGUUCACUCCCACGACCCUCCCCACAUCCCAGAAUUCCAUCCACCCUGUCCGUGUCGUCAAUGGGCAGACUGCAACCAUAGCCAAAACGUUCCCCAUGGCCCAGCUCACCAGCAUUGUGAUAGCUACUCCAGGGACCAGACUCACUGGACCUCAAACUGUACAGCUUAGCAAGCCAAGCCUUGAAAAACAGACAAUUAAAUCCCACACAGAAACAGAGGAGAAACAAACAGAGAGCCGUACCAUCACCCCACCUGCUGCACCCAAACCAAAACGAGAAGAGAACCCUCAGAAACUUGCCUUCAUGGUGUCUCUAGGGUUGGUAACACAUGACCAUCUAGAAGAAAUCCAAAGCAAGAGGCAAGAGCGAAAAAGAAGAACAACAGCAAAUCCAGUAUACAGUGGAGCAGUCUUUGAGCCAGAGCGUAAGAAGAGUGCCGUCACAUACCUGAACAGCACAAUGCAUCCUGGGACCCGGAAGAGAGGUCGUCCUCCAAAAUACAAUGCAGUGCUGGGGUUUGGAGCCCUUACCCCAACAUCCCCCCCAUCCAGUCAUCCUGACUCCCCUGAAAAUGAAAAGACAGAGACCACAUUCAUUUUCCCUGCACCUGUUCAGCCUGUGUCCCUGCCCAGCCCCACCUCCACAGACGGUGAUAUCCAUGAGGAUUUUUGCAGUGUUUGCAGAAAAAGUGGCCAGUUGCUGAUGUGUGAUACAUGUUCCCGUGUAUAUCAUCUGGACUGCUUAGACCCUCCUCUGAAAACAAUUCCCAAGGGCAUGUGGAUCUGUCCCAGAUGUCAGGACCAGAUGCUGAAAAAGGAAGAAGCAAUUCCAUGGCCUGGCACUUUAGCAAUUGUUCAUUCCUAUAUUGCCUACAAAGCAGCAAAAGAAGAAGAGAAACAGAAGUUACUUAAAUGGAGUUCAGAUCUAAAACAAGAACGAGAACUAUUAGAGCAGAAGGUGAAACAGCUCAGCAAUUCUAUAAGUAAAUGCAUGGAAAUGAAGAACACCAUCCUGGCACGGCAGAAGGAGAUGCACAGCUCCCUGGAGAAAGUAAAACAGCUGAUCCGCCUCAUCCACGGCAUUGACCUCUCCAAACCUGUAGACUCUGAGGCCACUGUGGGGGCCAUCUCCAAUGGCCCAGACUGCACCCCCCCUACCAAUGCCGCCACCUCUACGCUGGUCCCUUCCCCCACCCCCUCCUCCCAGAGCUGCACAGUGAACUGUAACCAGGGGGAAGAGACUAAAUAACAGAACCCCGCUAGGAGAAGCCUCGGAAUCCCGGUGGCAAGGAGGAGCAAAAUACUGAAGACUCUAAAAAAGCAAAGCCGGAUUUCUUCUGGAAAGUACAGAAUUCUUUUGGUUCUUUGGUUCCAGAGAGAGAGAAGAUGCUUGUGCCAGGUGGCACCAGAGUUUGCCAAUUGAUCCUUCUUAUUCUGUGUGUACAUGCAAAGAUUGGACCAUGUUACAUGAAAUAGUGCCAGCUGGAGGUUCUUUGCCAGCACCAUGCCAAGUGAAAUAAUAUAUUUACUCUCUCUAUUAUACACCAGUGUGUGCCUGCAGCAGCCUCCACAGCCAGGAUGGGUUUUUUGUUUUGUUUUUUUUUCCCUUGGGUGGGGAGCAGGGAUGGGCGGAGGGAGGAGAGCAGGUUUCAGAUCCCUAUUUGCCAAGCUGUUUGUUUAGGUAGAGAAGACAAGUCCAAAGAAUGUGUGGGCUUUCCUGUUUCCAAACUUGCAGUACUAUAAAACCAAAAAAAGGAAAUUGAGAUUGAACCAAUCCCAGUGCCCAGAAGAGGUAUGGGGAGGGGAUGGGAGGGAGCAAGGGGUGGGGAAAGUCUAUCAAAUGAGCAGUAUUUCAUAUUGUCUGGAGUGGGCGGAGUGCAAGGCGAGAUACACACCAAGACUGGCCACUAGGUCCUUCUCCCAGAGCACUCCGCUACCCUACAUGGGCACCCCCGCCACUCCCGAAGCCUCGUGCCAGUCCCAGUCCUUCCCUCCUCUGGUGAAUUGGCACACAUCCCUGGAGAUGAUCUGGUCAAGUUCCCUCUCCAAGAACAAGCAGAGCCUGGGGCCUCAGCUGGCCCCUGCCCAUGGCAGGGAAAAAGGCUGUUGGGUGUCAAGGAAGGAAAAAAGGUGGGUCAGUGAUUUUACUUGAAAACAAGCUCCAUCCCUUUUCUAUAUUUAUAAGAAGAGAAGAUCCUGAGCAAAGCAGCAUGUGACCCAGGUGUGUGUGAAUCGAAUGUUUCUUUUCUCUCUCUUUUUUUUUUUUUAUUUUUGUUUUCUUUUCUCUUUAAAAAAAGUUUUAUUUUGUUGUUUAUUUUACUUUUUUGGUAACAAAAACUAAAAUAAGGAAUAGAAAAGCUGUUUUUCAGGCUGACAGUCCAAUUAAGGGUAGUUGAGACCUUGCAUGGUAGAAUAGGAAUCAUAGUGUCAGUGAGGUCCAGUGAGUCUUUGUGAGUCCUUGUGUCAUCGUUUGGGGCACUUUUUUUAUGCAAGGGCAAAAAUCUUUGUAUCUGGGGAAAACAACAACAACUUUUUUUUAAAUUAAAAGGAAAAUAAAAGAUAUUGAGGUCUUCCUAGUGUUACUUAAAUUAAGAUGAAGGUAAGAAACAUUGUAAAAAAACAAAUUACACAAGUGCUAUUUGUUUCCUAAAAACAGUGAUUUCUAUUAAAAAAAGGUGUCAGAACUGGAGAAAAUGCUGUGUAGUUAUAAUUUUUUAGCACAGAACCUACUGAUUAUGAUGACAUUUUGCUGUGUUUGUGUCUCAAGACUGGUGGGCUAGUCUCCACAAUUCUGUCCUAAAGAUGGCUGCAGCCCUAAAGUGCAGGGGUGGAACUCUCCCCACCAUUCUCCCCUUCUCAGAAAAGACUGUCCUCUCUUCUUGGUGCAGGGAUCUUGUCACAUUCUCCUGUUUCUGAAGCCCAGAUGGAAUGUGGAUGGAAUCAGGGCCCUACCCAUUGUCUCCUCUGUCCAAUAGAUUUUGCUAGCGCAAAAGGCUGGUGCCUAAAUAAGAUCCUUUCCUUUGGUGCUGCUCUUGGUCUUUCAGCCACCAGCAUUAUGAGUGCCUGGGGGACAACUUCGAGGGACAUGGCCACUAAAACUCAGUGGUGCCCAUGCACCCUGCUCUUGGAGGGGGAGAAGGGGAGAGGGGGCAGACUGACUGCAUCAGCUCUUGGUGCUUAGAAAGGAGGAGCAAGCUGAGUUGUCUUUUGAGGGUACAUGGUGUCCCUGGGAGAGAGAGCCCAAGGUGGCCUUUGUGUCCUCUUGACUUGAAGCGAGGUCUGAAGCUCCAGCCACUUUCUCUGCCUGCAGGGCACCAGAGAUGGAACUUACUCCACUCUGUCCACCCAUACGCUUCCUGGGUAACUUCUGGCUAGGAUCUCUGUGCUUGCCUUUGCUUGGCCCAUCAUGGCCUCCUUCCUUUUUAAGAAAACCUUGGUUCUAUCAUCUUGCCUUGGAGGAAAUAAAUUUUGUCAGAAAUGUGCUCCUGCUGGAGACCUUUACCCCAUCUAUGACAGGAGGGAGGCAGAGACUUGGCACCCUUGUCCUAAGGGAGCAUCUCCCCGAAGUCUGCCUCACACCCAGCAGUGCCCAGAGUCUAGGAGUGGCAGAAACAGUCCCAUUAGCUUCUCCCCCAGCCAGUUAGACCCAGGCAGACAAAGAUGGAUCCUGAAAGCAAAUGCAACCAAGAAAGACACAAGAGUAAAACGUGUCUCAUCCAUACCAGCCAUUUCUGUUCAUCCUCCUUGGGAUAUUUAGAAGAGGGAAUUAAGAGCUUGGCUACAGAGGUCUCAAAGUCAGGCUCUUGCUGCUAGGUUGGAUGAGGGGGACAGAGAGGAGACAGACCCCUUCUCAUUCAGAAACCAAGGUGCUAUGCCUAGCCAUUUUUAUUUGGGAGCUGCCUGGACUAGGAGGAAUAGUUGGCCGAGGUUCAGAGACCAGCUGCAGGCUGCAUGCCCAUUAGAGUGCUUCCGUUUGACUUGUUUGGACGCAUAGGCUGGGGGGUGCCGUGCAGUGCCUAUCUUUGCUUGAAAGAAGUUGGGAAGCUCUCGUUACUAGAAGUCUUGGCUCAGUGGGGAGCUGCCUGAGGCCUCUCAGGGUCUCUGGUGGGGCUAGGAACUGACCAGUGUUUUGUCUGCUGUUUUGAACAAUCAAAUUCUGACCUUGCCUGAGCAAGACAGAUUGGGAUACGGAUUCUUCCCAAAGUCAGAUAUGAGGUGUUUUGUAACUUGGCUAGCAUGGAGUACAAGAUGCAACUCUGCCUCAAACCCAUAUUCUGGACUCCAGAAAAAUCAGUUAACUACAGAAAAGAGGCCCUGGUCACUCCUAUUGCUUCACUGCCUCCCCCCACCCCCAGACCUGUGGAUGACUGUGAUCCCCAAGACGUACAACUCAUGAUACUGCCCCCACAGCUGCCUCUCGUUCCUUCCGCUCCUUCCCUUUUGCUGCUCUUUCCUAAGACCCCAGUGUUGAGCUGCUCUUCCAGGUGCCUGGUGCCAGCCAGACACGUAUCUGAGACCAACUAGCUUUGCAGUCACUUCAAAGGCCAGGGAGAGGCUACACUGGAAAGGAGCUGCCUGCAGGGCCCUUGACCAGAAGUCCCCUUGUCAUUUUCUGUGGCUCAGGCACUGGGGCCUGAAGGCAGUGAGGUCACGUUGCUGUCAUCUGCGCCUCUCAUAUUCUUGUUGCCCGCGGGUCCUUUUUCUUUCAUGGAUCCUGCCUGCUGGGUCUUGUCUCUGCUGAGCUCAUCCAGAGUUACGAUUUCUUCCUUCCUUAUCAGGCCCUUUGGGCAACCCAGCUCAGAGUAGCCUUCAGGGAACCGUACCUGUGUGGGGCUGCCUCUAGCUGGCACCAUCUGUGUGCCCAGAUUCCCUGCAGGGCCUGCCUCUCUGUCCCUGUUUUUUCACCACCUGUCUGAAGUUCUUGGGUCUGGCUCAGUGGGUGAUAUGAAUGGGUUUGCACACAGUUCUUCUGACCUAGCAGCUCCCUCCAGGCCUUUCCCAGGAGGGUGGCCAUAUUUCCAGACCAUCUCAAGCUCUGCAUGUACAAUUGCCUCUCCAGCCAUCUCUCAUACUUAAUCUCUGGCACCAUCAGAGCCUCCCUGGGCUCUCCCCUCAAUUCCAACUCACACACUCUUAAGUGGUUUCUCCCUUCACUCCCUUUUAGGGUGUGGCCUCUCAUCCAUCCAAAGGGCUUAAUUUAGGAGCCUUUUACUCCAGGGGCAAAAGGCUGUCUGUUGGUAGCCUAGGUUUUUUCCCAGCCCUCAGUUUUCCAGAUCCUAUGGUUCAUGUUGGAUGGAGGCACCUUAACUCUGUAACUGCCUGACUGUGGGCCUCACCCCACCCCUCAGCUGGGCACUUUUGGCAGGAAACAGGAGUCCCAUUCUCACUUGAUUUAUCACCUCCUGCUUGUCAGCUCCUCUCCAAGUGGCAUGUCCGUGGCCCCUGGGAAGAUUCUUCUCUGGCCCUCCCACCAGCUAAGUGAAGGGGAGGAAGCCCCUCCAGAGAGCCAGGGUGGGAACUCUUAAAAUUAGCUCUUGUAAGGGGAGGGCAGUGCUCAUGGACUUUGUUUGGCAGCCCCCACCCCAGCCCCAGCCUGGCCCACAAAGUCCCUUCCUCCCUGAGGGCCCCAUCCCCACCCCCACCACAACCUUUAGCCCCUGCACCCUGUCUCCAGUGUCACUGCAUCCUUUGCCCGGGGUUAGCUGCAGUUGGGCAGGGCAGGACGGGGCAAGGCAGAGGUCAGCAAGCUCCAGGUAGAAGAGCCAGCUAGCCCCCAAUCCUGUCUCUCUUGUCCACACCCUUUGUGAUUUCAGUCUUAGUAGAACUUGUAUUUGGAGUUUCGUGCUUCAAAAUUUUUGUUUUUGUUUGUUUGGUUUUUGUUUGGAGGGGGUGGGGGUGGGGGAAACAGAGC